GCCGCAAGAAUUAUGGGAGGGAGAACAAACGCUCGCCUUAAGUGUAGGAUUGCUUUGCUUUGAAUAAGUACAAACUACGAAUACUAAGCAUCAGUAGAAUCAAUAGACUGGCUAUAUUUUGAAUACAUACAAAAACACACGAAUAGGUCAUAUGGACAUAUGGCAUUAUAUUAUUUAGAAUGAUCAUAUUGUACGUACAUAUGUAAGUAAAUAUUUACAUACAAACAUACGUAUGUACAUAUAUACAUAUGUACGUGGUUUUCUGUUGAUGUCGAAGGAGUGUGGUGUGCGUACCGAAAGAGCGAAAUGCUGUGGAUGCUGUCCAUGCGCAGAGCCUGCCCUGACCUACAUUCAAAUUUAUUGGUCAUCUAAGGCAGCCACAGCCAAAGGCAUUUGCGAAAAAAUAAAUACACACGCAACGCAAGAAGGUUAAUAAUCGUUUACUAGCCUUUGUUUUUGUAAAAAAUAAAUAAUAUUGGAAAACUUUAAGAUGCUCAAAUGCUUUUAGCAAAAUUUACGUAAGCCUAACAUCUGCUGCAAAAUGCCCUAACUUAAUGCUUAAUCGAUAAAUAUUGAGAAAGAACCGCAACCAAAAGUGGGAAGUAAAUUUUCCCUGUCUUUGCCUUGACUGUCCCGACGCAUAGAAUAGAGAACGAUGAGGCUGCCCGGACUGGCACUUACGGAUGCAGUUGGAUCAAAAUAGAAUCGGUUACAGUUAAGCAAAUUCGUAUGUGCAUAUCGUGCGUGAUGAGACCUAGAUUAUUUUGGAUAUUUGCAAUUAUAUACUCAUCACUACAUCACAUUGGGUCGGGAUCUACUUCGACAACAUUGAAGCGUCCCAGAGCUGGCGAUCCCUUUGACACGUUCCCGAGGAACUUCUGGCAGGAGUUCUCGUCGCCGUUCACAGACACGCCGGAAGAUGAGGAACUGGAGGUCACCGAGACGACCACGCACGAGCCGUUCCCUUUCUUUGCUGAUCCCUAUACGACGGUUAAUAUAAGCACGCAGCUCUCCUCGAACGUGUAUCUGCAUUGCCGCGUCAACGACCUGCAGGGCAAGACGGUGUCAUGGAUGCGGCGUAGGGGCGAGGACCUCACCCUGAUAACCUUCGGCCAGCACACCUAUAGCGGCGACUCACGCUACUCGCUCGAGUUCGAGGAGCCUAAUGACUGGAAGCUUCUUAUACAGUUUGCCAAUGAGCGCGAUGAGGGACCCUACGAGUGUCAGGUCUCCUCGCAUCCUCCCCUAGUGCUCCUCGUAUAUCUAACUAUCAUUGUUCCUCAUGUGGAAAUUCUCGACGAGAGAGGAUCGGCCACACCGGAGAAGUACUACAAGGCUGGCAGCACCAUCGAGCUGCAGUGUGUCAUCUCCAAAAUUCCACAUCCAUCGUCCUACAUCACCUGGCGACACGGACCCCGUCUGCUCAACUAUGACACCAGUCGGGGUGGCAUCAGUGUGAAAACGGAUAUGCUGCCUGGACGAGCUCUGAGUCGCCUAUACAUUGCAAAUGCGAAUCGACAAGAUACCGGGAACUACACCUGUAUGCUGGGCAACGAGAUUACGGAGACGGUUGUAGUACAUGUACUUAACGGUGAGGAGCCAGCCGCAAUGCAGCACGCGAACGGGACUCGCUACAGUGCCAGGCCCUCAAAUAUGGUUGUGUUUUUUUUAUUGUACGUAUACGCGUGUUUUUGUGGGAGGGCGGUGGCCGUGGGCCUACCGCUCGGACGAUGACGAUCUAGUGUGAUCUUUAAAGUAAAAGAACAGGUAGGUGGUCGAUACACAGCAGAGUUACAGUGAGAGAAAUGCAUACACCAGAAAAUCUUGUCCAGAAAUGCAUUUUUGACUUUUACUCUAAUCAUGGGUUGUUUAAUAUACGAUACAUAGCAUAAACUGAAUACUGAAUACAUACUAGAUUUAAGUCGGAAAUCGAAUGAUAAAAAAACAAACAAAAAAUGUGAGAACUCGUAUGUAUUUAUAUAAGGGCGUACGCGAAUACAUACAUUUACAUACAUACAUAUGUAUGUAUAUGCAGAACAUGAAAUUGAUUUUGAAAAUUUUAGAGCAUAAAAUUAUAGUCAUAACCAAAUCUUACUACAAAGGCCGUGUUUAUGUUGGCUAAAUAUUAAUCAUAUAUGUAUGUGUUCAUAUUCAUUUGAAUCCUUGUGAGCUCACACAUCACCAUACAUACAGAUUUACACAUGCAUACAAAAACAUAUGUAUGUAUGUCGAUAGGAGCUGGCCAAUGCAUUUUCAGUUCUACCUUAAUCACCUUCUGAAGGCUGAUCUAUUAUGCUUCUAAUACACUGCUAGUCGAAGGCCUUGUGAAAAAUUGUUUUAGCUUCUGGAAAUCAAACAGCAUAUCAGUUGGGAUCAUUUGAAAUUUAAUUAGUACACUGUGCUACAUUUCUUUUUCACUUUACACGAAACAAAAAUUCGUUUGCAGGCCUGUUAAAUCUGUAGAUCUCAUCUUUCAAACUUGCAAUAUAUAGAUUUCCAAAAAUCUUUUUAUAACACUCAAAUAACUUGUUAAGGGACUGUUGAUAUUAAAGAAAAUUGAAGCUUAAAAAGGGAAAUGUCUGUCAAAACUUUUCAUGAUGUAUAAUUAGUCUCCAUAGAAUGGUUUUUGGCUAUACCUAAAGUUGUAGCUUUCCAGCAUAAGAAAAUUUAUUUAUAUGGCAAGGUAUAUUUUUUGUAGCGUUAGUUACAACCCCAAUCAAAUAGUUUACGAAUAAUUAAAAUUGUAAAAUUAAAUAUUUACGAACUUUUUAGUAACAAAAUCUGUACCUUAUACAUAUGUAUGUAUUACCCAGCUUCUGAUGUUUCUUGACAUUUUGCAGAACCAGAUGCAUAAGUUCAAAUUUAGUAUAAAUUAAUUCAAAUGCAGACCAUCAAAUACCAUGAACCUUUCCAGCACUUCGGUCUAUCAUUCAGACACUAUACACUGCACUGACACCCUGGCAUUACGAAUGAAACAGUGAUACCUUGUAGAAACCAUCUCAAAGAUACUUUUGGGCGAUAUUUCGGCUACAUAUGUAUCUAGUUUUCCAAAAUGUUAAAAGAUGGUCUAUGAUUUAGUCAACCAGGGAUUAACCAGCCCAAGCAUUGUAUACGCGGUACUCAAGCAGCAUAGACUUAUAUUAUAUUCCUGUAGAUGUAUUAAAAAAAAACACUAAAGGAAGCUUUUCCGAUCUCAAAAUGUGUACAUUGCAGACUCCUGGGAUAAGAAACUGUAACAAAUGUAUUUUUAAAUUGUGCCACGACCCCUACCCCUCAAAGAAAAAAAUCUGGGUCCAACAUUUUGGAAGAUACGAGAAAGACAACCGAAGCACAGUCAUAAAGAAUAAUCGUAUCUACCAGUUUCGAUCAAUAAUUUAGACAGAAAGAAGAACAAAAUUUCCCGUAACCGAAUCCCCUUCAAUGUAGAUUCUCUAGAUUUCAGCGAAGUCAGUGAGAUAUGUAUAACGGUUCGUUGGUGGAGAGAGAUAGAGAACAAAAGCGAGAUAAAAUACAUAUACAUAGUAACUGAGUACCGGGUAUUACAUAGUAUUAGUUACAUCGAUUCGACUGGUUUUUGCUUUGCGUGAAACACACUGAAAAGUUUUCAUUUUGUAGCCCUGUGGUCUGCUUUUUGAUCAAAAUUAUGAUUUUUCGAUAUCUGAGCUGCAGAGCAGUUGAAUUGCUGCGUGACCAUUUUUUUUUUGUUCGUCGAGUUUUGUGCAAGUUUGACACAGAAUGGAUGAUGUGUAGAUCGAUUAAAGCUGUUUAAAAAUCGAAGAAAGAGAAAGACAAGACACAGAAGCUUAGGAAAUUUUAAACGUUAACAAAACUGUGUCAUUCAAAAUGGAUACAUAUCGUUUAAUUAUUGUUAAUUCAAUUGCGGAACCAAUGACCAUUUGAGCCCAAAAAAAAAAAAAAUAAUGUGUAUGGAACUGUAUAUUUAAAUUUGAGUCUAUUAAAUGAAGGACGGAAUGAAAAUUCGUACACAACUCGGACCAAUGGGUAGAAUGUGUGAUUGUUUUUAUUAAAAACGGUCCCAUAACAAACCAAUCCAAAAAAUAUAUAUAGCAAAGUAAAAUAAAUAAAACACGAUCAAGGACAAGAAAAAGAAAGAAUAAAUAUUUUCCACUUUAUUUUCAGUUUAGGGUUUAAUUAAAAAAAUAUUAUUUCUAAUUUUUAUAGAAGUUAUCAAUGGAUUUAUAUUAGUGUACGUGUACCCUCUCUUUGAUUAUUUAGCUUUCACACCUUUCUAAAUAUUAACUAUUAAAACAUUAAAAAUGUCCAUGAGAUCAGCAAGUUACAUUCUCUUGAGCUUCUAACUCAUUGACGACAUUAAGAACUCAUAUUCCAUUGAGGAUUGAUCAUAUAUGUACAUACAUAUGUACCUACAUCUGUACUUCUAUGCAAGUGUUUAAGGAAGUCAAAGUUCAGCCCAGGACAAAAACCAAAUCUAACGAUUGAAGAGCUUCAAUGCUUAGCGACUUGACUGACUAAUUUCAAUUCUCUUGUGUAGAUACUAUUGUAAAUUAUUCCAAUUGAUCCCAACUAAACCUAAACCCAGUCAAAACGUUGCCGCCGGCGGGCUCUGCCUGCUGGUAACCCCUUUCCAUGAUUUGUGUGCCCUUUAAUAAACGAACAUAAAAAGGAAAUAUAAUAAAUUAAAAAGUAAAAAUGUUGGAGUGAGAUAACGAAACAAUACUUAGAGACUAAAGAAAGUGACGAAACUUUUAGAAAUAUUUUGGUUACAUAAUUAUAUUUAUUAAUUAAAAACUUUAAUAUUUAAUUAUUAAACUACAUACAUAAUGUAUAGUAUCGUCGUCCUCCGUCAAAGCCCAUGCGACUGCGCACGACCGCAAAAAAAAAUAUAAACUAAUGCAAAAUUGUAAAAAAUAA